AUGGACUCGGAGCUGGAGGAGCGGUUCCGAGUGGCUUUCCGAGACAAGCUGCGGCUGCUCCCCGCCGAGCUGCAGGCAGCCCGUGGCAGGACACGGGAGCCCGCCACGCUCCCGCCCUCCACUCGUGUGCUCCUCAAGAGACGGGAGGUGGCGGAGGCGGAGCGGGAGCUGCAGAACCAGCGGCAGGAGUUUGAGCGGCGGAUGCAGCGCCUGGCGCAGCGCAGGCAGCAGCUGGCCCGGAGGCGAGAGCAGCACCGCGAAGCCGUGCUCAGCUUUGAGUCCUUCCUCAAGGCGGUGGCGGCCAGGCGGGAGCGGGCGGAGCGCCGGGCGGGCGAGCAGCGGGAGCGGGCGGCGGCAGAGCGGGCCGAGGCUGCCCGGCUGCAGCGGGAGCUGGAGCAGCUGCUGCGGCGCAGGGAGCGCCUGGCCCGGCGACUGCGAAGCCUCCGGCCCUUCGGGGACUACCUGCGAGACGUGCUGACCAGGAUGGGGCAGUUCCAGGACGUGCCGGCCAUGCUGGAGCAUUUUGGGGUGCUGGCGGGGGUGCGGGCAGCCCUGGCACGGGAGGCAGAAGCCGGGCAGGAGCUGCUGGCCCAGGGCAGGUCACAGCUCCAGCGGUACCGUCAGGAGGCCAGCACCCAGCUCCAGGGCACCAGGGAUGAGCUGGCCCGGCUCCACACACGCCUGGAGGCUGCCCACCAAGACGUGCUGCAGUGGGAGUCCUGCUGGACCCACAUCCAGAGCACAGCCAUGCAGAAGACCCUGCUGCUGGGGCAGAUCAGGCUGGCUGUGCUGAACCUCUUCCAGCAAAUCACUGCAGAGCUCAAGAUCCCCAUCAAUCAAGGCCAGGAAGACACAAAGGCCCAGUUGGACAUGGUGCUGCUCUGCAUGCAGGGCCUGGCUGACAUCUGUGCCACUGGCACACACCCGCAGCACCACGGCACUGCCAGGCUGCUUCAGGACCAGGGAUAG